ACAUACACCUGCCGGCUGCGUGAAUUCCCAAAGCUGCAAAAUUCUCGUCAAUAAAUAGGGGUUUCGCUCCCCUUGGAUACACACAACACUCUGUCGCAAUGGCCUCUGUUUCAACCGUCUCCGAAGUGCCAAGAAGGCUAGAGGGAAAGGUGGCACUGAUAACUGGAGGAGCCAGCGGCAUUGGUGAAUGCACUGCCAAAGUCUUCGUACAACAUGGAGCCCGUGUGGUUGUCGCCGACAUCCAAGAUGAACUGGGCCAUGAACUAAUCCAGGCUUUGGGACCUUCAAACUCACUCUACGUCCACUGCGAUGUCACCGAUGAAUCCCAAAUUAAAAAUGCUGUUGAAAAAGCUGUGGCAACCUAUGGAAAGCUAGACAUCAUGUUCAACAAUGCCGGCAUUGCUGACGAGAACAAGGCUCGCAUCAUCGAUAACGAGAAGUCUGAUUUUGAGCGCGUUCUUAGUAUCAAUGUGACCGGAGUUUUCCUCGGCAUCAAGCAUGCGGCGCAGGCCAUGAUUCCAGUCCGUAGCGGCUGCAUCAUUUCGACUGCUAGCGUGAGCUCGUAUCUAGGAGGCGCAGCUUCACAUGCAUAUGCAUGCUCAAAGCAUGCUGUCUUAGGCCUUACCAAAAAUGCAGCGGUUGAGCUGGGGCAGUUUGGCAUUAGGGUCAAUUGCUUGUCACCGUAUGCGAUCGUGACACCUUUGGCAAGGAAAUUUGUUGGGCUUGAGGACGAGGCGCUUCAGAAUUAUGUGAAUUCGAUUGCCAAUCUGAAGGGUGUGACCCUUAAGGCAGAAGAUGUAGCAAAUGCUGCUCUUUAUUUAGCAAGUGAUGAAUCGAGGUACGUGAGUGGACACAAUCUCCUCAUAGACGGUGGCUUCAGCAUUGUUAACCCAUCAUUGUGCAUGUUUCAGUACCCCGAUCCAUGAUCAUAUAAAUCCGCUAAGUACUUCCCUUUUUGAGCCUAAAAAUCCUACAUUAUGAUGAUGAAGAUGAUGAUAGCGGUCUUUUCCCUCUCUCCCUGUGGAUUGGACAUAAUAAUGAGCGUGAAAUAUAAUAACAAAUGUCUUUUAAUUGCUAGUACGUUGAUCAUUACAUGAGAAUGAAAACUUCAAUUUUCAAGGAAGCC